AUGUUGUACUUGGUGAAAUCACUGCUAUUUGUAAAAACUGUGAUAAGUCUCCACACUCUCAGAAAAAAAAAGUUAGAAAAGCUUUUACUGUUGCACGGCUUGUUGUCUGGGAAAGUGACCCUUCCGUGUUACUUCUCCAUCAUCCCCACUGUUGGACCUAGAAACAGAAAUGCCUCAGGAACAGAUUACCUGCGCAUCAAAUGGACCAAAAUUGAGGGCGGUGUUGAGUCGACUGUUCUUGUAACCCAAAACGGCGUCAUUAAGAUCGGUUCGGGAUACAGAAGCCGUGUAUCUGUGCAGAGUCACCCGGAAGACAUUGGGGAUGCUUCUCUGACUAUGGUGAAGCUCCGGGCCAGUGAUGCUGGAACAUACCGCUGUGAAGUGAUGUUUGGGAUUGAAGACACACAAGACACAGUCAGUUUGAAUGUUGAGGGCGUGGUGUUUCACUACAGGUCAAAGGUCAGCAGAUACAUUCUGAACUAUGCACAAGCUGUGCAGACCUGCAGCAACGUUGGAGCCACCAUUGCUACAGCAGAACAGCUGAGAGCUGCUUAUGAGGAUGGAUUUGACCAGUGUGAUGCUGGUUGGAUAGCAGAUCAAACAGUGAGAUAUCCAAUCACUAGACCAAGGCCCGGCUGCUUUGGAAAUCUGCCUGGAAAACCUGGUGUCAGGUCGUAUGGCAAACGCAAGCCCACAGAGACCUUUGACGUGUUCUGCUAUGUGGAUAAGAUUGAGGGUAAUGUUUUCUUUGCGCCCACACCACGUAAGAUGACCUUUGAUGAGGCCAAGGCUGAGUGUGAAAGCAUGAAUGCAGAGCUGGCCUCACCUGGUCAAAUCCACGCUGCCUGGAGACAGGGUCUGGACCGCUGUGAUUACGGAUGGCUGUCUGAUGGCAGUGCUCGCCACCCUGUCUCCGUACCCAGAAGUCAGUGCGGUGGUGGUCUUCUGGGUGUCCGCACCAUGUACCGCUACCGAAACCAAACAGGCUUCCCAGAUCCCAAUAUGAGGCUAGGAGCAUACUGUUUCAAAGAUGUUCACUCCUGUUCUGAUGAUGUUUGCUUGAAUGGCGGUUCUUGUGUAAAAAUAGGCGGUGUUCAGAUCUGCAGCUGUCCGCCUGGAUAUAAUGGUAACCAGUGUGAACUAGACAUUGAUGAAUGUCACACAAACCCUUGUCGUAAUGGAGGAACAUGUAUUGAUGGCCUUAACUCAUUCACCUGUGUAUGUCUUCCAAGUUAUGCAGGAGCACUGUGUGAGCAAGACACUGAAACAUGCAGCUACGGCUGGCACAAGUUCCAGGGCCACUGCUACAAAUUCUUUCCUCAUCGGCGUAACUGGGACACAGCAGAGCGUGAAUGUCGCCUCCAGGGGGCACACCUGGCUAGUGUCCUGUCCCAUGAGGAGCAGCAGUACAUCAACCGCCUUGGCCAUGACUACCAGUGGAUAGGUCUGAAUGAUAAGAUGUUUGAGAAUGAUUUCCGGUGGACGGAUGGUAGUGUUGUGCAAUAUGAAAACUGGAGACCGAACCAGCCAGACAGUUUCUUUUCCUCAGGGGAGGAUUGUGUGGUAAUGAUCUGGCAUGAGGACGGCCAGUGGAAUGAUGUUCCCUGCAACUACCACCUCACCUUCACCUGCAAGAAAGGCACAGUGUCCUGCAGUCAGCCUCCUCUUGUCCUUAACGCCCGCACAUUUGGCCAGCUGCGCCCACACUAUGAGAUCAACUCCCUGAUCAGGUACCAGUGCACGGACGGCUUCAUCCAGAGACAUGUUCCCACCAUUCGCUGCAGAGGAGACGGCUCAUGGGACUUGCCCAGGAUUUCCUGCAUGAGUCCCUCCAACUUCCAAAGGUCCUAUGCAAGGUAUCAGACAUACAGAGUUUUUCGCAGUCAUCAGAAGAGAUUGGCAGAAAAUUCUGUUGAUGUACCCCGACGACACCAUCGCCAUGGUGUAAAACACAAUCGGACGCAACAAUAGUUGCUCUUUUAACACAACCCGUUUAAUGUAUUUUGAUAGCAUAUGACGGAUCUGCCUGCUGGCUGAAAGAAAAGUUUAUAAAAGAAAAGAUUAUUAAAAGGACCAGAAAGGAGUGGAAUAUCACUGGAAUGAAACAGUGGCUUUUUAUCUUUUUCAGAGAGAUGGUUUUUAAGAACUACAUAAAGGACACAUUCAGCUGGCCUCUGAAAACACAAAAAGAUUAUCUGACCUGCCCUCCAUCUGUUCUGCUUCUUUUUGGGAAUACACAGUGCUUUCGUAAUUUUUAACUCACAAUCCAGAUGCAAGUGAGCUAUAAUAGUGCAACCUAUUUUAGCUUCUAAACAUAAUGGUACAUUUUGAUACACACUUUGCCGUAUGAUUCUUUCGAUCUUUCUUCAAGUUUACAAGAACCACAGGUGUAUGCAGACAUCCUGCUGCUUACUGAACAAAUGAGAAAUCGUACAUAAGAAUGUGAAAGAAUAUAUAUUUAUAUAGAGAGAGUGAGCAAUGGCUCACAUGGAGUCAGUGUUUGUUGUGGUACAAAAAGGCCAAUAAUAUCAUUAAAAAACUGCAUCCAGUGCAGUGGAUGGUUUUGAUAUCUUAAAGUCAACACAAUAUGUUUUAAUACUUUUAAUACAUUGACUUUAAGCUAUUCGCUAUUGAAAAGCCAUGUAGAUUUUAGAUUAUUUAUAGUCCUCUCUUUGAUGUUUCUUUCAAGUGUUUACAAUGCAAAUCUGUUUCACAUACAUUUAAUUCCGCCGUCAGUUAUCUAUAAACCAAAAGAAACGUACUGUAUGUACUUCACAUCAUUUUCAUCAACUUUCCUGUUUUUCUCAGACAGUUUAAAACUACUUUAAAGAGAAUGUACUUUGUGAGAUGCGUAAAAGACUUGAGCGAGUGCCUUUUUAACAAGAUGCCUAUAAUUUAUUUCUUGAGCUGCUCCUUGUUUUCUCAUUGUUGUAGCGAGAUUGAACACACUGAGGACAUCACUUGGCCAAACUGCACAUUGAUAGAGUUCAGUAUAUCAGAGUAGAGGACAGUGUGUCAAUAGCUGGCAGUGAUGUGACUAAUAGAUGACUUUUGGAACUCACAGAAUUUAGAUGGAUUUCAUUAUGACAUUUGGGGUGUAUCAAUGGACCAAAAGAAGAGGAUUCAUAGUAACAGGUUUAGCAGAAAUUUUUGUUGAACUGGUCAUCCAUUUGUUUAUUCCCAAGCAUUUUUUCUUUAAGAUCUUUUCUUUUGUGUUUACUUGUUGUGUCUG